CAAAAGGGGUGUGCCUUUGUGCGUGUGCUUCAGGCUUUACAUACACCGUUGGGGGAGAGGAGGUAGGGUGAGGAGAGGAAACUGCUGGAGAGGGUGAGAGCAAGGGGAGCAGCGGUCGGGCAGCCAUGGGGCACCACUGCUGCAGCAAGCAGAAGGUGAAGCGUGGGCUGUGGUCGCCGGAGGAGGACGAGAAGCUUGUCAAGUACAUCACCGCCCACGGCCACAGCUGCUGGAGCGCCGUUCCCAAGCAUGCCGGGCUGCAGCGCUGCGGCAAGAGCUGCCGCCUCCGGUGGAUCAACUACCUCCGGCCGGACCUGAAGCGCGGAACCUUCUCCGACCACGAGGAGCGCACCAUCAUCGACGUCCACCGCAUCCUCGGGAACCGAUGGGCGCAGAUCGCCAAGCACCUGCCCGGGCGCACGGAUAACGAGGUCAAGAACUUCUGGAACUCGUGCAUCAAGAAGAAGCUCAUCGCGCAGGGCCUCGACCCCAAGACCCACAACCUCCUGCCGGCCUCCAGGACUCUCCUCCACGGCAACGGGGCAAACCCUAGCAGCAACAAUCCUGCCCACUUCAACUCAAACGGCUGCGCUGCUGUCGUCUCCGUCGCCACGACGCCCUUCACCAUCAGCUCCCCGACCAAGGCCGCCGCCUACGGCACCGUCACGGCCACGCCGCCGCCGGAGACGAUGGCGCCGGCAACGUACGACGUCCCUAAUAAUUACCCUGACGGCAUGCUCAUGAGGCAUGAUCAGGCAGCCACGGCGGCUGCGAUUCCGGGAUACCCGUACCACCCCGGAAACGGCGGCGGCGUGCUGAUGAGCUUCAGGGACCAGAAUGCUGGUCUCCAGACAUCUGUGGACUUCGUGAACGGCUCCUCGUCCUCCUCCUCCAUGGAUCACGCCGCCGGCAUGCCUAACGGCAACGGCUUUAGCCAACAAGGCAUGGGCGCGGCCUUCAUGGACGUGACGGCGGGAAUGUGGAGCACCGCAGCCGUGGAUUCUGGCAUGUGUGCAGGGAUGGAAGUGGCUCAGCCACCGCCGCCGCCGCCGCAGCAGCCGCUGCCACCACAAGGGCUGGUGCAGGGGGAGGUGCUCGUCGGCCGACAAACUGUGAUGAACGGUGGCGGUGCAGUUGCUGACAAGGGCAUGGACAUGAUGGACGUCUCUUCAGUGUAUGGCGGCGCCGGUGCAAUGGCGUUCGAUCUGGAGCUGAUGGAGUCAUGCGCGUUGUUUUGCGGCAGCACCGGCAACACCAUGGAGCAGCUGCAAUGGGACUGCUAAGCUCACUAUCGUCCUUACCCCUAAUUAGUUUGUUGUCUUCCAUGCUUCAUCCAUGUCUUUAUUUUUCCUCUUAAUUUUGAUGUUCGAUUUACUGGGUUCUUGAUUCAGAUCGUCCUUUUAAAGCAAGAAAUCCAUGCUGAGCUUAGUGACGAACUCGAUCUAAUUCAGAUUUCAAUAAAGUUAUCUCAAAUUUUAUUGAUUGCA